AUGUGCAUUACCGAGAUCUGGAGUUAUCGAGAAUGCGGAUGUUUCUACAAUCACAAGACCCUGUGCCGAUCUUACCGCAGAGGGCAGACGCCGUGCUGUGCACCGAACAUCCAACACCGUGUAGAUACAUGGCUCGAUGAGACUGCAGGAGCUCCAGAAACCUGCCGCCCCCAACUUGCACCACGAGCGAUUUGUCUCGAGCCGGGAGACUGCCCGAAUCACCGGGUAGUCGAGAAGUCAUUUCUCAAUCAAAUCUGCGAAGACUGUUUGCUAGCAGAGCUUGACGGUCUGCCAUCUAGUCUCGGCAAAGAUGCCAGUGCUCGGGAUGUUCCAAACGCCGACUUGGACAACAGAGAAGGACUCAUUUGGGAUAGCGAGGUGAAGGUCGAGAUCGAGGACUCAAAUUCCGAACCCUCAGCAAGUCAAAGUGCGGCCGAGGCAUCAGUGCAUAGCCGAGAGGCAGUGGAUGAGGACAGGAUGAUUCUAGAAAGCCACGUCGAGAUCACAAUCGAAGAUGAGCAUCACAACAUCGUCACCAAAAGCCCGGCUUCUCCAGAGCAAAUAGCACAUCAACGAAGCGGUCGAUCACAGCUGUCGUUGAUACAGCCCUCUUCAUCAAACAGCCUCCACGAUAACCUUUGCAUAACCAAUUCCAGACCUUCCGGAAGCAAGAGGUAUGGACGUGCCUUUCAGGGAGUCAAUGUUGCAGGCUUCGACCAUGCGUAUCCUGACGAUGGCAUCAAUCUUCAGUCGUUGCACCCCUCUCCCCAACCGCUAUUUCGGGGAAGGUCUUUGAUGUGCUCAAAUCUACCUAGGACCCAGGUGCGCAAGGCAGACGCAGGUAGCACUCCAAAGCCAUCCAAAGAAAGGACUGGUAUCAAGGGCCUCGCCAAGUUCCAAAGUCUCAAGAAUCUGUCGAUGUCCUUCCGCGUCGCCCCGAGGUCGUUGAUGGUCGACUCUGCCCAACGUGGUAACUCGGGAACAGGUCCAGCAUGCCCAUCAAGCUCUCUACAAUCUGACUCAAAGGAUUUGUUCCGAUGGAAAGGUUCGCCUCCAAUUGGAGGGACGAGUGAAUCCGUGUUUGGUAGCUCUGAGCAACUUUCCGACAAGAUCCACGACAGCAUUCCGAACCCCGAAGCGCAGGAUACACCGAUCAUCCCGCCUCGGAAAUCGAGUCUGAAGAAUUACCUCAUGCAAGACUUCACACGGACAAGAGCGAUGGUGCAGCCACGAUCGGGCAGCCGCUUCAGAAGCCUAACCCCCAGCCCGACUUCUUGGUUGCGAAAACACGCUGAGCCAAUCGAAGAGAUAGAUUCAAGUACUCAGGGAUCGGUGACGCAUUCUGAAACGACAUUUGAGUCUGCUUCUGGAGCUAGCAGCCUGGAGACCACUGGAGCUGGGGGGAUCAAGGCCGAGAAAGCCUUCCUGAUACCUAGCAUACCCAAAUCGUCAACCAUGAAUACCAUGCGAGCAAUCAUCGAUGGCUACAUUGAUCAAGACGAGGCAGGACGUCAGCCGCCUCUAUCACGCGAGGGGGCUGGUCCUCAAGGCUGGUGGACAGGUGGGACUGAGAUGUAG